AUGACAUCGACGAAUCAACUUCAAGGUUUAAGCGGUAGCAGGUGGGAUGACACGGAGAAAAGGGUUGGCAACCAACCCUUUGUUGAUUUCCUGGUUUCCUGCAGGAAACAGCCUCCCGAGAGGGGGCUUUCGUGGCUGUCUGCAGAGAGCGCAUUGACGGAAACGGAUGACGAGGAUGACAAUUCUUUCAAGUGUACGGAAGAAAAGGCGGUUUUUGAGGGUAGCAAACUAUCCCCGGGUCGAAGGCAAGGUAGAGGCAUGCUGCCCACAGCUCACGGCAAAACAUCGCCGAUACGCUUUGAAAAGCAAGGAAUGAAAUUCUCCGGAAGGAGUCCGAAAAGAUCUUUGGUUUCCCGAUCAAGAACCUUUGAUCCAAAUUGGCAACAGCAACAGCUGCACAAAGAAGAUUGCAGCGAGAGCAGCCCUCCAUUCAUGACCUUACGAUGGUCAACAGGUGGCAUCAGAGAUACCCUGCUUAGGUUCCCAUCUAGAUCCGAGGCCUCGGUUGGCGGUGAUAGUAGUUCUCUGGAAGAUAGUGGUGAUGAAGCGUUAUCCUACCUGGGGGCGUCCAUUUUCAUGUUUGACAGUGCCACCAACAAGAGCAGCGACUCCAUGAAGUUUCAAAUUCGGAAACAAAGCAUGACCAAAGCUAGCCGUCGCCAGGCAGAACACGACGGGAGAUCCUUGCGACGAAACAAGACGUUUGCAUAG